AUGACUAAAUACAACGGUAAAGGGUCUUCUGUUUUGAAAGAUGAUGUUAAAAAGAAGUUUUUUGAGUUGGCAUAUUCAUUCACUGAAAAGGAAUAUCGUUUUCAUUUAAGAGAGUUGAGAGAAGUUGGUGGUGUUGAUAUUAUAGAUUCAUUUCUUGCUGAUUUGCAUGUUCAAAAUUGGUGCCGCGCAUUUUUCCCUGGAUGCCGUUAUGGAAUUAUGGCUAAUAGUGUAGCUGAAUCUUUUAAUGCUUGGUUUGCUGUUGAGCGUGAGAUGCCAGUAUACACUAUGCUUGAUCAGACUCGGAUUAGGGUGAUGCAGAUGAUGGGUGAGAGGAGAGACGAGGCUCAACUUUGGACCUCGCGACUUACUCCUGUUAUGGAGGGUCGUUUGAAAGAAGGUAUGGAGAAAGCUUGCCGUUUCAAUGUUCAUUACUCCCAUACAAAUGUUUAUGAAGUGAGAUCAAAGUAUUCUUAUGUUGUGGACCUUGGAACUGUUUCUUGCUCGUGUAAAAAAUGGGCGAUUAACUGCUUUCCUUGCUGCCAUGGUCUUGCUGCAAUUCAAGCUGCCUCAUUGGAUGUUUAUGCUUUUAUAGAUAAGCAUUUUCAUGUUGAUUAUUGCCAGAAGUGCUAUGAUUUUCCAAUUUAUCCAAUUUCCAACGUUGAUAUGGCUUCUUCGGAAUAUUCUAGCAGUGGCUUCAUACUUCCUCCAAAUGUAAAGAGGCCUCCUGGGAGGCCUAGGCUCAAGAGGUUCAAGUCUAGAGGAGAGUGUGAAAAGAAGCUCAUUCGUUGCAGUCGAUGUGGCAAAAUGGGACAGCACAACAAGAAGACCUGCACUGAACCUAUUUGA